UCUGACGUUAGUUAAUGGCGGUCGCGUACAGCGUUGUCUGUCAACAUCUUCACGGUUUUCAUUGUAACUGUCUAAUUGUAAUCAAACAUGUACUCGGGUGUGUUGGGAAUGCGGGGUAGUUACACGAUAUUUAUGUUCAACUUUCAGGUUGGGUCAUGUGCCGUGGUGUUUGGAAAUUCACGGUGUAAGGCGAGGCGAAAACGACGUAAAAGUUGAGAAUGGAGGACGAAGACGGGGAGAAAGACAGCGGGUGUGCAGUAGCUGAGCUCCGUCUUCAGGUGGUGUCGUUGAAAGAAGAGCUGAAGGAGUGCAAAGCUGAGCUGGCCAAGUUGCAGAAGCAACUGAGCCAUUCCGAGAGACUGCAGAGGAGCACUGAGAGCUACAACGAGGACUUGAGGAAGCAGGUGGAUCAGCUGAGCGCAGAGAUUCAUGAGUGGAAGAAAAAAAAUAAAGACAAAGUUCACACUGAAACUCAGACCGAAGAAUAUGUUUGGAGUGAAACGGACUACUAUAACUAUUACCACUACGCUGACUACUAUCAGAAUACAGAGGCUGCGGACUCCCAGGAAAGUCUGGGGGCCACUGUAGCGGUGGAUGUGACUGGUGGAAGUGACUCAGCAGAGGCUGCAAAAGUGGAGCAGGCAGGCACAACAGCAGGCACAGUUGCAGAUGUGUCUGCUCAACCUGACAGCAGUGUGGUAGUCACAGCAGAGGAAGGUGAUGCAGCGUCCAUUGCUGACAUGUUGAGAGCCACGGCUGAGGAGGCCAUGACACAGACAGGCUUUGUCUUUGACGAGACAACUGGCAUGUACUAUGACCAAAGCACUGGUUUCUAUUACGACUCGGUCAGCCAGCUGUACUACGAUGCCAACACAGGCAUUUACUACUACUAUGACGCAGAAAGUGGACGCUACCAGUUUCAUUCCAAAAUUGAGGUUUCUGCUGUGCAGACGGGAGACCAAGACGAUUGUACGACUCAAAAGAAAGGCAGGUGGUACAGGAGAGGUGUGAAGAAAACCUCGCACAUUGAUAAGGAGUUCACAUUUAAUGAGGUCAAGUCAGAGGAAGAAGAACAGCAAUCAAAGCGCACGUCAGAAUCCCGAAAAACGAGACGACGAUCUCGUAGCUCUGAGUCACGAGAAAAAGACUCCAAAAGGCGUGGGGAGAGGGACAAGUCUUCGUCCAAGAAAAAAAAGCAUAAAAGUGGUUCAAGCCACGAUGAGAAGAGAAAGUCAAAGAAGAAAAAGAAGAGAUCCAAGUCUGUGUCGCGCAAGAAGCAGCGGAGCUCGCCAACUCGGAGCGAUGACUUGGAGGGUAACAGUGAGGCUGAGGAGGGGGAGCUCAGUGAGUCUGAGAAGGAGCAGUGGGAGUCUCCGCCCUCUCUGUCGCCAUCGCCGAGCUCGCCGUGCAACCACAGCGCAGAGUCCGAGAUGGAGGCUCAGUGUCGGGCAGAGCUAUGGCCGCCCUGUGUGAGAGUCACCGUAGUCCGCUCUCCAGUGCUGCAGGUUGGCACGUUGUUUAUCAUCACAGCUGAUGCUGCAGCCACCAUUGGCAGAGAGAAAGACAUGGACCAUGCAAUUCGUAUACCAGAAAUGGGAGUUAGCAAGUUCCAUGCCGAGGUGUACUUUGACCAGCAGCAGCAGAGCUACAUGCUUGUGGAUCAAGGAAGUCAGAACGGAACGGUUAUCAACGGCAACAGAAUCUUGCAGCCCAAAACCAAGUGUGAGCCCCACCCACUGACGCACGGCGACGAGGUAAAGAUGGGGGACACGGUGCUGUCCUUCCAUAUCCAUGCAGGGACUGACACGUGUGAUGGCUGUGAGCCCGGCCAGGUGAUGGCUCAUCUCAGUAAGCACAAGAGAGAGGACACGCCAGGGCCAACUCUAACCAAAGAGGAUAAAGAAGCGCUAAGACAGAAGGAGCUCAAGUCGAUGAAAGCCAAAUAUGGCCUCCAGAGUAAUGAGUUUGAAGAAGGCAAAGCCCUGAGAAACCCUAAGUACAAGGACCGAGCUGAAUCUCGACGGCAGACUGUGGGCAGCGAGGGUCUUUUUCAACAAGAUGAUGCCCCUGCUUCUGUUCAUGUGGAGAUCAGCGAAGUCAAUAAAGGAAGGAAGAUGUUGGAAAAGAUGGGCUGGAAGAAAGGAGAAGGAUUGGGUAAAGAGGGAACUGGGAUGAAAGAUCCGAUUCAACUUAAAAUCAGGAAGGCCCAGUCAGGUCUGGGAGCGUGUGGCGUCAUGUCUCUGGACGACGCCUCGCUGACCAGAUCAAAAUCCCAGAAGAACUGGGAGAAAGCUCGUGAGAGAUUUGCCGACUCAUGCCAGGGGGACACGGCGUCGUCCAAAACACAGUGCGCGUCCCCCAAAGCCUGGAUCAAAGCGGAGCCCGAGGCUGCGGACUCUCAUGCUGGGGUUGAUUCAGAGAUCCAAAGUUAAUCAGAGCGGGCAGAUUUGGAAUACAUGAAUGCUUGCUAAAACUGAAUCUGACCUCAGCGAUCGUACAACACAAUGCUGAAACAUUGCUCAGUGAAAAGUAGAACUCUCAGUGUGAGGGUCCAAUCAGCACAGUGCUGUACUGCCACUGUGGUGGCCAUGGAUUGCCUUAACCAAAUAUUGACACACCGAGGCUCUAUUUCUUGCAGUGAGGUCAUACUGCGAAGAGACAACUGAAGACUUGCUCAGCGCAACACUCAUGAGACAGUUGUAACACAAUUCCAACACACAACCCUAACAUCACCCUGACAGUGUAUAUUAAUAGCAUGACCGAAAUAUUUGCUUUUAUUUUUCAUGUUGCGCAUAAAACUUCCAAGAGACUUA